ACUGAGACAUGUUAUUCUCCUUUCAGAUAGUUGGAGAUUGUUCUACUGUGUGGAUUGUGACUGAAAUUAAUCGAGCAGCAUCAGAGAAAGAGGCCUGGGAGAUCCUGGAAAGUGUCAGUAGUCUGAUUGGAAAUGGUGGCGAAUGUCAGCAAAUUCAUUUUAUCUGCACCAAGUCCGAUCUUCUUGAUGAUUCAGAUGAUUUUUCAUCAGCUGAUAUCCAUGAUCGAAUAGUUAAAAGAAACAUUCAAGCCAAGGAUGGAGUAAAGAAAGCAUUCAACAAGCGAACCAAGAUUAAGAAACACUUCACUGAUGACAGUUUCAAAGUGUUCACAGUGAGCUCCAGAGAGUUCCUAAAAGGGAAGCAUCUAAGUCCAAAAGAAACUGAAAUAACCAAACUUCAGAGAUUUUUGCAAGUUCUCAAUGACUGUCACUCAGAGACAGUAAACUAUGUGAGUGGAGCUUAUGGGAUUCUUGCUUUGAUUCAAGGAGCCAACUCCAGAGGAGUGGAUAGUAAAAAAGGCGAGGUGUUUGGAGAACUUGAGAGAAUCAUGAACCUCCAACUUGAAAAUGUCCGAAAAGAAAUGGAAGAGACCAUAAUGGCUUUUGAAAAAUGUCUUAAUGAUGGCGUUGAGAAAUCCAAAGGUUCAUAUGGAGAAAAACUCAAGAACUUCUUGUAUCGUGGAAAGAAGGGUGGCUGCAGAAUUUGA